GCCGAGGGGAAGCUGGAUCUCAUCAGAUCAGAUGGAAAGUUCAAUCGAUUAAUUCGCCCACUUUAUUUAUUUUCCUUCCCCCUCUGCAUGCUCCCGGUUGCUCCCGAAACCACGCUAGACCGACUCGAAUGCGGGCUUUUUGGUGAGAAGUAGGAAAUGCAGAGAUCGUGUGAAGCGAGAGGAUUAUCUGCUUGACUUCUUUGGUCGCUACUUCAGACGCGGAACUUCACUCGCUAAAAGGUGAAACAUGACAGAAUAUAAGCUGGUUGUAGUGGGAGCUGGUGGUGUGGGCAAGAGCGCGCUAACUAUCCAGCUCAUCCAGAACCACUUUGUGGAUGAAUACGACCCCACCAUUGAGGAUUCCUACAGAAAGCAGGUGGUGAUCGAUGGAGAGACGUGUCUGCUGGAUAUUCUGGACACGGCAGGUCAAGAGGAGUACAGCGCCAUGAGAGAUCAGUACAUGAGGACAGGGGAGGGCUUCCUCUGUGUCUUUGCCAUCAACAACUCAAAGUCUUUUGAGGACAUUCACCACUAUAGAGAACAAAUUAAGCGGGUGAAGGACUCUGAGGACGUCCCCAUGGUGUUGGUGGGGAACAAGUGUGACCUCCCAUCCCGAACGGUGGACACAAAGCAGGCUCAGGACUUAGCACGCAGCUACAACAUUCCCUUUAUUGAGACCUCAGCCAAAACGAGACAGAAAGUGGAAGAAUCCUUUUACACUCUGGUACGGGAGAUCAGGCUGUACCGGGUCAAUAAGCUCAGCAAGGAAGAAAAGACUCCAGGCUGUGUCCACCUUAAAAAGUGUGUUUUGAUGUGAGAGGGGGUGUUGACGACGCCUUUUACACGUUAGUUCGAGAAAUCCGGAGGCACAAGGAGAAGAUGAGCAAGGAAGGCAAAAAGAAGAAAAAGAAGUCCAAGACAAAGUGUAUACUCAUGUGAAUAACCGGGCCCUUCCAAGACAGACUAAAACAAAACAACAGUUCCAGUAAUACGUUUUGUACAUUACACUAAAUUAUUAGCUUUUUUCCUCACUUACCCCCCUUAACAAAUACUAAACCCAACCAGAAUUUUCAGCCCCUCCUUUUUUCUUAUUUGGGCACCAGUAAGCUUCAUUCUCAGUGUAGUGCCAGAUGCUGAAGUGAGACAGCUCUUUAGAACAAUUUGGAUGGUUUCAGAUGAAUGCAGAACUGUGAGCUAAAUGAGGAAAAAACCGAAACGUUUUAACACGUUUUGCUUGAAAUGCCACAAUCUGCAAAUAUGCCCUUUUUAAAGAUGGGAUGCCAAAGAAUGAAUAUUCAUCCCACUCAGAGAGACAAACAGAUGUGAGGAAGGACCGAUGGUUCAGCCAGAGGAAAUGUCCCAGCCACUGUGUGAUCCCGUCAUUCUGACCUUUAGGUGUGACUUAGUUUUGCCACUGAUGCAUGCAACAUCCUGCUCCUUUCUGAAUGUUUUAUUACCCUAGUUAGCCAUUAAUGAAUUAUUUUGAAUUAGUCAUUGCUUUAUUGUGUGGGGACUGAUUUUCAUGCCUAAAUAAGUAGCAGCGUUUGUUUUUGCAUGCAUUGUGUCAUUAACGACAUGUGUGUCGCAAACUGCCUCUGAUAACAGAGCCAGCACAGAGGACUCGGUCCGAUGUUCAGGUUUAAUAAAUAAAUGCAUUUGUGAGAGGAAAAUCUCAUUUAUUUGAUAAUGAAUUCUAAGAUCAUGAUUUUUUUUGUUGUUUUGUCAAUUUGUUGCAGAGAUUUAAGCCACUUUUUGGCUCUACUGUAUAUUUGUGUCUAAUGAUCCUGACAGAUUUCAUUUAAUUUCGUAUGUAACUAAAAAACAUCUGCAUACUCCCACCGGAGGGCGUCAGCAUUGAAACCAAACGUUUGGUUAAACGUAAAUUUGUCUGUGGGAGAGUGAGUUAUCAUUGUUUGUUAGCUUCAGGCUGCACAGACAGCAGAGAGCAACUGUUUGGUUGUGAGAUAACUCGACUUGUUCUGGUCUUUUCAUCCUAAUAAUAGUUUCAGAUUGUUUAUUAAACCGAGGUUUUGAAACUGUUUUAAAGACUAAUGUGCAGAAAAGUUUGAGAUGACGUUGUGUGGCCCGACUUCUAACAGAAACGAUCGUGAAACAUUGUGGUGUAAUUGGAAACGAUGUGUUUUAAAAAUUUUUUUUUUAAAUGAGGCCAAAAUGACCAUGAAAUAAGUUUUUAGGCAAAACUCUCUUAAAGAAAAAAAGUCCCCCAUGUGUCAGCCCACAUUUCAUCCCUCAUAUCUAUAUUUGCAGAUUGUUUGCUUUCUAAUUUUUUGUUAGUUUCCACAUUUAGACAUUAAAAAAAGAUGUAAAUUAAUUCUUUUCAGUAAAGAAAUGCAGAAAAUAUACAGUUUGAGGAGUGAGAUGCUCUUUUCAGAGUGGCUUUUAGAAUCGGUGAGUUUAUUUUUACCCCUGUUUGGUUUUUCAUGAAGUGGACAGUUAAAUGAAUUUUACUUUAAACUCUCCUGCUAGCGAUACUGUUUCAGAAGUAGCUUAACUGUAUGUUUGAAAUGACCCUCUUCCUUUGCGUGCCAACAGCUGAUUUCUGAAAUGUAUCAUUUAUACCUUGAACGUAUUUUCAACCUUUGUAUAGUUGUGAUACAGAAAGGGGGAUUUUUGUUUUCUUUUUGUAAAUUGUGCCUCAUUAUGUUGGUGUGUCUAAUGAAUGUUGCUUUAAUGGAGUUCCUUCACUCAGCUCUGUUUAUGUGAUUAGAGAGAGUGACUGGGUCCAGGUCUGGGGUCAUACUGAAUGAACGACCGUUUUACUGCCUGCCUGACGUGGGCGGUGUUGUCUAGAGUGGUGAUCUGAUCUCAAAUGAGUAUUUUUUGCCAUAAAUCUCACCACUCCUAUUUAAUGUGUAAUAAAGAACAAAGUAAAGGGGAACCCA